AAAAAAAAAAAACAGAGUCUCUUUAUAAAUCUGAGAAAAAUUAUUCAACUUUUCUAAAACUUUGACAUUCUCCUUCCUUCUUCGAACUUUUUAAAAAGAGAGAGAGAGACUUUGUAAAACCAGACGAUGAUCAUCAUGAUGAUAAUGAUGAACAACAUGUCCUUGUGUUCUCUUUGUUAAAAUCAUUCUCUUUCUCGUUCUUUUUUCUUUUUCUCCCUUAGAAUCCAUAAUCCUCUGUUUUGGUCUCUGUUCUGGGCUCUGUUUUUGGAGAUUGAUCUCAAAAUCCAGAUAAGAGAAAAAAAAAAAAAAAAGGUUUAAUUUUUAUUUCAGAUUCAUCUCGAAAUAUUUUUUGCUUUUUGUUUCCAGCUAUUAUUUUCACAAAUCUCGACAUAACUCAUCUCGAUUUCACAAAAUCCUUGUCUCCAAAUCCAAUUUUUUUCCCCUUUUUGUGCUUUUGAUUUGAGAUCAGUUAUGGGUUGUGCGAGUUCCAAGCAUCGUAGUAAGCGUUGUGUUCAUUGCCAGCGAGGAUAUUCUCCGGUAGACGUACCGAGAAGCCAAUCUGUGCACCACCAACCACAAAACUCUGAAGAUAGCUGUCACAUGGUGGCUCUAAGUUCGUCUAGCCUUGGAUCUCUCAAGCUAUGUGAUUCUUCUUUUGGGCAUAAUCACAAACACUUGGCAGACUUGAGCGAUAAGCUUGUUUCCGAGGAAUCUGCGAAAACGGGAAAUGGGUUUGGUCCAAAUGUGGUCAGAGAGAAGUCUGACAAGGAGAAAUUUAAUUUGGAAAUGCAGGCUAAGCUUAUGGAGGCGAAGGUUUGGUCAAGUAUGAUGAAUGAGAAGAUCCCAAAGGUUGUGCCGAAGACACCGAUUGAGACGCCUCCGGGGGAGCCUGAAACGAUUAAUACAUGGGAAAUGAUGGAUGGGCUUGAAGACAAUCUUAGUCCUUUACGAUCACCAAAUCAUGUGAGGAGCUUUUCGUUUAAUGUUUCACGUAAUGGUGAUUGCGAACGAGCUAAGUCGAAUGGUAACGGUGAGACGCUUUGGCUUCAAAUGGAGGAAGCACAAGGGUUUGAAGAUUUUGAUCCUGAGAUCAUUUCUUCGUUUAGGAAAUCGCUUCAAGAACUUCCUUCUGAUCAUCCCUUUCACAUUUCGGUUCACGAUUUCAGAUUGAAUCCAAGUUUCAAUUUCUCUGUUGAUGAAAAGGAGGAGGAGUCUUUGGAUGAAACAAGAGAAUGGGCUGCUAAAGAGAAAGUGAUACUUUACUUCACAAGUCUUAGAGGUAUAAGGAAGACAUAUGAGGAAAGCUGCGAUGUUCGGGUUAUACUAAAAAGUCUUGGGAUUAGAGUGGAUGAGCGAGAUGUAUCGAUGCAUUCGGGUUUCAAGAAGGAGUUGAAGGAGCUGCUAGAGGAUAAGUUCAACAAUGGCGUUGGGAUCACAUUGCCUAGAGUUUUCUUGGGGAGGAAGUAUCUCGGUGGAGCAGAGGAGAUUCGAAAGUUGAAUGAGGACGGGAAGCUGGAGAAGCUUCUUGGAGGCUGCGAGAGGGUGGAAGAGAACCAAAAUGCUAAUGGGCAAGAAUGCGAGGCUUGUGGAGAUGUAAGGUUUGUGCCGUGUGAGACGUGUUCUGGGAGCUGCAAAGUGUACUAUGAAUAUGAAGAUGAAGACGAUGAGGAUGAAGAAGAUGAUGAUGAUGAAAGUGUAAAGGAUGAAAGAGAGUAUGGGUUUCAAACAUGUCCUGAUUGUAAUGAGAAUGGUCUUAUUAGAUGUCCUGUUUGUUGUAAUUAGUUUACAGUCUUUACAUAAAAAAGGCAACCUUCAAUUUAUGUUUGUUUUACAAAAUUUGAGUUUUGAGUGAUUGAGAGUUUUUUUUCUUGCCUCUAAAAGAUUUUGUUGUACAUAAAGAGGUUUUUGAUUCUGAAAAUGUCAAAUUGGAAUUAGGAUGUGUUGUUGUUGUU